GUGGGCGCAACUCCCAUGUUGCCAACCAUUAUACGACGCGACCGCCUCCCUGCCCAAGUUCCCAAGCUCCCUAUCGGCUGCAGAGAGAAACAGCGGGAGGAAAAAAUGAAUUCAGCACAGGCACAACCACAGGCACCGGGCCGUUUAGGCGACCCGAGCAUGCACCUGGCAACCGACCCCCGGACGCACCCAAAGCUCCUCGAGAAGCUGCGAGCGGACAAGAUCGAGGGCACUCCCACCUUCGUCGCCGCCCUGUCCCCGGACGCGCCGCUCGGCGAGAUAGCCUCCUUCACACGCAGAGUAGAGGACUACCUCGAAGAGUACUACAAAAAAAUCGACCUCGCCCCCGUGCCGGGCGAAGGUUCGUAUGAGCCCGUCAUCCGCAGCGAGUGGCGCAUUCCUUGCGACGAUAGCAGGGAAAUCCGGCUCGUCGUCCACCGUCCGGACCCUACCGCAGCGCCGGCGGCAACACUCCCCGCCGUCAUCUACCUCCACGGCGGGGCCAUGGUCAUGCUCAGCAGCACCAACCCUCUGCACACCUCGUGGGCCUCGGCACUCGCCCGCACCGGUCUCAUCGUCAUCUCGCCCGACUUCCGCAACGUGCUCUCCAGCAGCACCGACAAGAGACUGCACCCCUUCCCCGCCGGUCUCGAUGACUGCGUGGUGGCUGUCAGGUGGGUCGCCGCGCACCGCAGGGAACUCGGCAUCGGCGCCGACGACAAGAUUGUCCUACAAGGUGAGAGCGGCGGGGGAAACCUCGCGCUGGCCACGGCCCUGCGUGCCAACCGCGAGCGCUGGCUGGCGGGAGCCAUCGACGGCGUGUGUGCGUGGGUGCCGUACAUCAGCGGCGCGUACGGGGCGCCGCGCGAGUGGAAGCUGCGCCAGGGGCUGGCCAGCCUGGUCGAGUGCGACGGGUACAUCAUGUCCUGCCCCAACAGCACGCUCAAUGCCCGGCUGUACGACCCCGAGGGGUCCCAUACCCGGGACCCGCUGGCUUGGCCCUACUGGGCCGCCGAGAAAGACCUGCAAGGCCUGCCGCCUCACCUCAUCAUCACCAGCGAGCUGGACUUGUUGCGGGACGAGGGAAAUGCAUACUUUCGCAAGUUGGUCGCCGCAGGGGUGCGCGCUGUGGGUCGCAUGAAUUUAGGCAUCACACAUAUGGGCGAGCUGAGCUAUCGGCACGCGGUGCCCGAGAUUUAUUUGGAUAAUCUGUGGGCGGUUAGAAGUUUCAUCAGCUGGCUCUGACGAAGCAGUAUAUCCAUCACCAAGGUCCCCCCCUGCCCCCCUAGUUUGUAGGCAAUCAAUCACCACCUCAAGUUCGAGUUCAC